AUGGCACCAAGGAAAAAGGCAAAAGCUUCACGUGCACCAUUGGUGGAUCUUCCUCCUGCUCGUAAUUAUUCCUCGUUUGACGACACUCCGAAGGAAUUCAAAUUUCUACUUGAGAGGACAAAAAACAUUCUUGAUAAAUCUUCGGCUGCAGGGAAGCAUCAUCUCAACGUAAACCCCUCUUCUAACAAGUAUCAGGGAAAUCAAAAACGACAUUCCAGUCAGCAUGAAAAACUUGAGCUCCCAGCUUCAGACUCAAAAGGUAGUAAGACGAAACCUAUAAUAAAAAGCCUCUCUUCAAGCCCCCGUUCAUCGUCCGGAGGAAAGCAUUCUAAAAAUGCUAGCCCUACCCUUUCUAAAGGAAUAGGUUCGAAAGCAUCUAAAUCGCCCUUGAAACGAAGAAAAAUCUCGACUGUAGAUAAAGUUCGGUUUGGUGAGGUAGUUCAGGCCCCCCCGCAAUUAAUGACCUUUCCUAAGCCCCUCGUAGCAAAGCAGUUGUCCCCCGAGCUUUUAUUGAUAAGGGAAYGAGCAAAGAUCCAAUAUCAAAAGUCCAAGCUAAAGCAAAAAUAG